AUGCCUUCGCUCUUCAAACUCAUCGACGCGAUGUCCAACAUGGUCAUUUCCGUCGUCUACACCAGCCGUCCCGACAGUCGCGAUAGCGAACCAUCCACACCAGUGGAAACAGAGCAAGCCGACAACUACGACAGCACUACCAACAGCGAGGACAAUCGCAAACGCACCAAGUACAACGACAAAGAAUUCGACCAAUAUCCAACAGCCCACCGACUCCCCUACCCACCCACCAAACGACCCACAAUCCCGUACUCAAAGACCCGCGUCCGAGGAUCCAACAGUGAGUAUCUGGCCCCCAGGCGCUUCACGAAGACGCCCCCGUUCACCAAAAACGUCCACUGGUCCAACAUGAUGGAGGUUGACGGGGAGCCACCUAGAUUCACCGCACCCGCACUAAACAGCUACCCAAUCCGCAGACGCCGCAAGGCGAAUUAUGUCUACGGCGCUAAUGGCGGCGAUAGCAACAACAAUGUAAAUAUCCAGGAUACCGAGGCCAAGGUCGAAGACGAGGCAGAUGUCGAGCCCAAUAGCGCCAUGAGCUACGAGGAUCAGCGGUAUCCGGCGGGCUGGUACUCUCGCUCUGGGCCUCGCAAUCGUUCUCCGGCGGGUAGUUACCCCGAGAACCACGGCAGAGACGCAUCCUCACAGUGGCCGACGUCUCCCGCCAAUAGAUCGAGCACGUCCCCGUCGUAUACGCCGCGUUCGAUUCUCAAGCCGCCGACGUCGACGGAUGACGAGAUGCUCCUGCGGAAUACGUGGUCGAUCAUUGCGCGGCAGGAGCAGCAGAUUAACUACAUGUAUGAGUUUCUCUCGGACGUUUUGCUGGUGGGGCACGAUGUGCUCGACUGCAUGUUUGAGACGGGAGAGAUUUCCAUGUGGGAGGAUGCGACGAGGCAUGCGCAGCAGGCAGCGCAGCAGGCGAGGGCGAGGCGUGAUGCGCGAGGGUCUACACGGGGGUCGAGUCCGAUCCCGAGUUCAGCGCGAGCACAGCAGCGGUUUCAGGAUCAAGGUGAAGGUCAGGGUCGUGGUCGCGGUCAGUAUCCAGUUUCCUACCCAGGCCGGAGUCCCACGUUGGGCCCGAAUUCGCGGCCUGCGAUUGAGGAGGAAUUAGAAAGGCGGGAGGAGGAGGAGAAAGAGAGGAGGAGUCCGGGGGCUUACAGCCCGGUGCUCGGUCCUCGAGGACCUCAUUUGAAAUCGUGGUUAGGCUCUCAAUCGGACCCUGAACCUGAAUAUGAGGGUUUCAGAGAGUCGAGCCCGGACCAAGAUGAGCGUGGUUCUUCGAGUCGCUGGCCAGAUUCGCGCCCUGACCCUGGGUAUGGGCGCGAGGGGGCAAUGUCGAGGCAAGAGGAGAGGUCUCCUCCGCCAGGGUUCGACUCUCCUCCUCCAGGAUUCAACGGCCUAGAUACCAUCCGUGAGGAGUCAGGGGAGAGUGAAUAA